AUUUUAAACUCUUGACUCUUUUUGAUUUAUUUCCAUUAAAAUUGAUUUUUUAAUCCAUUGUGUACGGUUUUUGUGCGCCGAUUGUUAUCAAUAACUGCGGUUACGCCAUCAACAACAACAACAACAACGAAAAUAACAAUCAGCCACGUUAAGUCGCCGACGUAACCAACAGCGACAGCAGCAAAAAUACAUUUGUUUGUGUAAGAGUGUUUGUGCAACUUUGCUGCCGGACAAUGCCAGGCGCGCAAACGAUGCGGUAACCCUCCCAAUCAGCCACAGCGAGCGUAUAUUCUGCAAAAGAGCAAAAAAACUCAACUACAACAAAAAGCAGAGAGCAGCGAGAUCGAAGGCAGCAAAUCAUUUACGCAAACAAAUAAGCGCACUAGCACGUACUCAAGCCUAAUCCCAGGCGUUUGAGCAGAAAGCCGACAAAGAAUAAACAACUUCGGCCAAAACUGCCACACACACAAACACUUCGUUGCAUAACGCGCGCCAGUUACGCCCUAGGUUAUACGGGCUAAGGCGCUUUAUUCCAGUAAUACUGCGGGCGGUUGUUGAGCUCCGGUGCCCAGUGCUCGUCUCGUCCCAAGAAAUACGAGCAAAAAAUACUUAAGUUGAAAUUCCAGAAAUAAAUCCAUCAGCGCAUUGGAAUUUCGUAAGGACACACACACACACACACAUACAUAAGCACAAUUGUGUGACGCACACUUGAAAUUCCAACAAUUUCAUCGUUUUUCGUUCGCCUGGUUUACCGUUAAGUUUUCAUCAUUGCGUUUUUAUAUUUUGCGCCCACGUGCCCCGAGCACAACCACCAUCCGCACCAGUUGCAGCAGCAGCAGCAGCAGCAGCCGCAUACGCAGCAGAAGGUUGUGCUCCUGCCAUCGCCGGCGACUCACCUCUACUCACCGCACCCGCACAGCGGCGCACACACCUACACCGCCGGCCACACCUGUGACGCCGAGACGUUGGCAUACGCGAGCAAGGCAGCCGCUCUGACGGCCAACCACAGCUUAAGCAGCAGCAACAGCGCCGCCAGCAGUCCCACCAACAGCUUCUACAAGCAUCACACGACGUCGUCGUCACAUUUCCUCAGCGUCGGCGACACCAUGAAGCUGUCAAAGCUGUCUAAUCAGACGAACUCGCAGGAUCCGCAGGCGGUGAAUUCGCGCAUCUUUGUGGGCAAUUUGAAUACGUUCCAGUGCUCGAAAACGGAUGUGGAACGUAUGUUCCAGAUUUAUGGUCGGUUGGCGGGCAUAUCGAUGCAUAAGGGUUACGCUUUCGUGCAGUUCACAAAUCCCUUUGAUGCACGUAACGCUUGCCACGGCGAAGAUGGACGCACUGUUCUAAGUCAGACUUUGGAUGUCAAUAUGGUCGCCGAACCCAAACCACACCAAAUUGGUAGAAAGCGACAGAAUGUAUCCAAAACCGGAAAUGACUGGGACUAUUUCUACGACAGCUACUGCUCGUCGACGCUGCUGCGCUCAUCCGGUGUUCGUCCGAAGAAGCGUAAACGCCUAAUGACAUCCACGACGCGUUUGCUCAGCGAUGCGGUGAAUAGCAGCAACAUAAAUGCCGCUGUCGCCGCAGCAGCACUGGCCCAACAACACCAGCAACAGCUGCACCAACAGCAACAGCAACAACAACAGCAGCAGCAACAGCAGUCCACACACUUGUUGCCCCAUCCACAUCAUCAGCAUCACGUGCAACAGCAGCAGGCGCAUAAUCACCAUCAACAACAACAACAGCAGCACCAGCACCAGCAGCAGGUGGCCGCCGUCGCCAUGGCUGCCAUGACAGCCAACCUCUUGCCACAACAACAAUUGUUGCUGCAUCAGCAUCAGCACAGCUUGCUGGGCAAUGCCACCGCUGCCGCCGCCGCCGCGGCUGCUGCUGCCGCCACAUGCAAUGGUGUUGCCGGCAGUGCGAGUGGCGCCAACACACCCACCAACGCCGCCGCGCAUCACAGUCUCAGCGUCUAUUUGCAACAGCAACAGCAGCAACAGCAACAACAACAGCAGCAGCAGAUCAAACAACAGCAACAAGCGGCGGCGGCUGCGGCCGCUGCGGCUGUCGGUCAAUACACGCUGACCGCGACGGGUGGCUUGCAAUUGAAAUCGUCGUCAACCGUGCAGAAUGCCACAUCAGCAAUAAUUGCCGCCGCUAAUCAAACAACGUUGUUGAAUGGCGCUGGUGGCACUGGUGCGGCUGGCCUCAAUGGUGUUGGCAGUGGUGCUGGUGGGGCCAAUGAGCAGAUGUCAACAGCAGCCACCAACUAUGGCAGCUUGGCAAAUGGCCAAACGCAGCAACAACAACAAGCGUCGUAUAUUGGUGGUGCCUUGCAACCAUUGACAUUGUCGCUGCCUGGUAUGCAGCAAUCACAGCAACAACAACAACAGCAGCAGCACAAGUCAUCACUUUUGCAAAAGCAAACACAACAGCAACAGCAACCGCAACAACAACUGCUGCCGCAGCAACAAGAGCAAUUAAGUUCGAAUCAACAAUGGGGACCGUUCAAAGUUUACAGCAAUCCGGACACAUUAAUUUGUGGCAAUUGUCGGGAAUGCUUCAACGAGCUGGCUGAAUUAUUAGACCACAAGCGGAGUUAUUGCAAGUUGCGUUUCACUUGCAAGUGCCAGGAUGUUGCCUUUGCUGCAAAAACACCGCCGAUGAGCGCCAAACUAUUAUGUGCCGUUUGCAAGGAUGCCUUCGCCAAUCCGUGGGAUCUGAUGGUGCACGCACAGGCUGCGCACAUGGUCAACAUUUACGAAUUGGGCAAUGAGGCUAAUAACAAUUAUGCCACCGCCGAUUGUGCGGAGGCUAUAGCCACCAAUGCCAACAACAACAACAGCAACAGCAAGAAUGUUAAUGUUAACACAGUCACACCGUUGUCCACCACUGCCAACAAUAUUAGUAGCACAUUCAGCAGCAGCAACAACAACAACAACAACCAAAACGGCAACAACAGCAACGUCGCCGCUGAUUUGGCCAACGCAACGCAGUUGGCGUCGCCGUCGUCCUCACUGUCACAGUUUAAGCUCGAGUUGAACAACAACAACAAUAGCAAUAAUAACAAGAACAUCGCCAACAACAAUAAUAACAGCAUCAUCAUCAGCAAUAACAACAACAACGGCGGCAGCAAUUGUGACAUUAGCAGCAUUGGCAAUGAAAUACAAAUGUCGCCAACAACCGAAACAUUGUCAACGCCAACAUCGGUGGCUGGCAAAUUAGAGAGCAACAACAACGGCAACAAUGAAAACAACAAUAUCGCUAUGAUAACGGGCAAUAUGUCGGCUGGCGGCAACAACGGUUUCAUGGCCAGCAAUGGGCUUGGCGGCGACGCCGAUCACUGCAUGGAAGGUAAAUUCGGCAUUUGCAACAGUCCGACAAGUGGCUCGAUGGCCAACAAGGAGGAAACUCAGCACUCACCAUUGGAUGGUCACACCACAAUCUUGGCACACAACCACCAAGCAGAUGAUGUCAAAAUGUUGAAUGGUUCGCUGUCGUCGCGUGGCAGUUCGCCAUCUUUGGAGCAUGAAGAACAAGAGCAGCAAACGCAGAAGCCACAACCCGCUUGCAUUGUGCGCACACUGAGCAUUGAGGCAACGACCACACCGAGCACAACUGCCAACUUGAUGGCCGGCACUCUGGCUUUAAGCCUUACAAAUGGCGUUGGCAGUGCCGCCACAGCAGCAGCAACGGAAAUCAAAUAAAUAACAACAACAUUGGCAGUAAUCGCGUGACUUAUAUUAUGCCAUACAUAAAUAAAUAUAACACAGCAACACAAACCAAAGUCAAAUUUAAAUGGAUGCGCGUCUGGUUGCACAUGGCGUAUGAGUGACGCGGAGGAUAUUACAGCUGGCGUCACAGUCACAUAUUUAUACAUACACACAUUAAAAGUAUGAAAAGCUUGUGUGACUCGUUUGCGGUAGGUGGAAUACAUAUGUACUUUUAUUGUUAUGCAAAUUUGGUGGCGAGUGAAAAAUUAACAGUAAGCUUGAUUUGCAGUUUUGAAUUUGUCUUUGUGUUCUUUUUAAAAAAAUCCAAAAUUAAAAAAAAAAUUGUCAUAAUGAAAAUACACCAAAAGAGUGUAUGCACAAACUAAAAUUAGAAAAUUAAGUAUUGUACAAUAUUUUAAGCUGCCUUGGUAUUGUAUUUUGCCACAAUUAGAAUGAGGAAGUUGAUUUUAUAAAUGAAAGGAAGAAAAACUUUAAGAAAAUUAAUCAACAAAAAAUUGAUUUACUUUUAAUGAUUGACAAAUUUAGUUGCAUAAUUAUUAAAUUAUGUGAAGUAUUUUUACAAAACUUUAUUAUAAAGAGCGUCAUGACAUUUUGAGCAA